AACUUACUCUGUUGCACGUAUUAAUCGACAAUAACGGCUCCUGUGCAGGUGUAGAAUUACGAGGGGGCAACGCGAGGUGUUCCAAGGAGGAGUGGAGGACUGUGGGCACUUGGGGUCAGCGAGGCGAGAAGAAAUAAUAAAAUGGAAACGGAAAGGGAUGUACAGUUCGCCAACACAAUAUCUUUCCUACUAGCCUUAACUGACUAGGAUCUGCCAUUGGUCAGUCAAGAGUAUCCCUAAUCUCUCAUUGGCCAUGAGGCCCCAGUCAGCUGAGGGCCGUUCACGUGCGUCAAGAAUCCACACCACCACAAUAUCUUCUAUGGAAGAUGGGACACGCGGCUGACGUAAUUCUCUUACACAUAAUGGGAAACAGAAAAUAUAUAUAGCAAACUUUUAUACAAUUUUGUACAACACAUUUUAUUAAAGUAGAGAAUGAAAAAAUAGUCAAAAGAAUCUAUUGAUGGCUAACAUGUUUCAACAUUAAAAUCUUAGAAUAUACGUGCAUUAGGAAAAAUACUUAUUUUUCGUGAUAAGAAGAUUGGCAAAUCUGACCUCUCAACUCUUUCAUCAUUUAAUAUUGUUUAUCGUGUUCGAACGUAAUUAAAACUGUAGUGUGCUGUUUAUUCUAGCUCUCAUAUUGAGAGAACUCAAUCCAGCGCGUUCAAUAGCUUGUAUUGUAUUAUUUUUGAUUAGUGUUCUAAAUCAGAGUGAGGCGUGUUAAUAUUAUUAAUUAUAAUCGCCACGUGACACAAUAUCCAGCAUGGUAAUUCAACGAUUUUACAAGAGUCCUGGACUCUUGUCGGGUCAGUUAACUAAUAAAAUUAAUGCCGUGACUGCGAUAUCGAGUCUCGUUGCUACUGUAGAAACUGAAUUAUGUUAUUAUGUGGAAAGUACACUGCAAUUGUCAAAAGAUGAAAUUAAUCAGCUCACGUGGAUACUCAGUCCACCCUUCCAAUUGCAAAAUAUCAAUACAUCGAGCUUUGUAGAGCAAUCGGAUUGCCAUAUAAUCAUUGAAAUUGGACCACGAUUGAAUUUCUCCACACCAUUUUCAAGCAAUGCAGUAUCGAUUUGUAAAUCCCUUGAACUCAGGAGCAUUACCAGAUUAGAAGUAUCCACGAGAUAUUUCAUCAAAUGUCAUGGAAAAAUAGACAAAACAUGUGAAAACGCGAUUGUAAAUGUACUUCAUGACAGAAUGACAGAAUGUCGAUACUUAAAACCACUUGAAUCAUUUGAUCAUGGAUUUAGACCGGAAAGCUGGUUCGAAGUAGAUAUUUUGCAUAAUGGAAGAUCGGCACUUGAGGAUGUCAAUUCAAAACUUGGUCUUGCCUUCGACAAUUGGGAUUUAGAUUUCUACACAAAUUUGUUCAAAGAUAGAUUGAAACGCAAUCCAACGAGUGUCGAAUGUUUCGAUUUGGCUCAAUCGAAUAGCGAGCACAGUCGCCAUUGGUUCUUCAAAGGGAAAAUGUUGAUUGAUGGCAAAGAAGAGGAAAAAACACUUUUCGAUAUGAUUACUGAUACGCAAAAUCAUUCAAAUUCAAACAACGUGAUAAAGUUUGCCGAUAAUAGUAGCGCCAUCGAAGGUUUCAGUGUUGAUGUAUUAGUGCCAAAUGCAACAGACAUUUGCAGUGAAUUGACAUUGAAAAAUAUCAAGAAACACCUUAUUUUUACUGCGGAAACGCACAAUUUUCCUACUGGUGUUGCUCCAUUUAGUGGAGCAACAACAGGAACUGGAGGUCGUCUACGAGAUAUUCAAGGUUGCGGAAGAGGUGGAUACUAUAUUGCUGGUACUGCCGGUUAUUCUGUUGGAAAUCUUCAUAUUCCUGAUUAUCAGCUACCCUGGGAAGUGUUAAACAAAGAUGAUAUUUAUCCUAGCAAUAUGGCAAGUCCAAUCGAGAUAAUUAUAGAAGCAAGUAAUGGAGCCUCUGAUUAUGGAAAUAAAUUUGGUGAGCCAGUAAUUUGUGGUUUCGCUCGAACUUUUGGUAUGACAGAUAAAAAACGAGGAACAAGAAAAGAAUGGAUAAAGCCAAUAAUGUUUAGCGGAGGAUUGGGGACAGUUGAUGGUAAUAUGAUUGAAAAAUUGAAACCUGAAAAAGGUAUGGAAGUGGUGAAAAUUGGUGGAGCAGUGUACCGAAUAGGAGUUGGUGGUGGCUCAGCAAGUUCAAUUGCAGUACAAGGUGAUAAUGCUUGUGAACUUGAUUUUGGAGCAGUCCAGAGGGGUGAUCCGGAAAUGGAACAAAAAUUGAAUCGUUUUGUACGUGCCUGCACAGAAAUGGCUGAAAAUAAUCCAAUUUUGAGUAUUCAUGAUCAAGGAGCUGGAGGUAAUGGUAAUGUUUUGAAGGAGAUUGUUGAACCUGCCGGAGCUGUAAUAUUUACGAAAAAUUUUGAAUUGGGCGAUCCUAGUAUCAGUACCAUGGAAUUAUGGGGCGCUGAGUAUCAAGAGAAUAAUGCCAUUCUAUGCCAUAAAAAAGACACUCAUCUUUUGAAGAAAAUUGCUGCACGUGAAAAAUGUCCUAUUAAUUUUGUUGGCACUGUCACUGGUUCUGGUAAAAUCAUCUUAUCAGAGGAAGAUCAUCCCAAUUCUAGUAAAUACUUGAAUGAUCAUGUUGAUGAUGAUAAUAAUAUGAUUAGGCAUCCAGUUGAUCUUGACCUUGAAUUUAUACUUGGUAAAAUGCCACAAAAGAUAUUCCAAUUGCAGAGAGAACAAUUGCAUAAUGAGCCACUGAUUUUGCCAAAUAAUUUGACAGUUGAUGCUGCCUUGGAGCGAGUUUUACGAUUACCCUCAGUUGCUAGUAAAAGAUAUCUGACUAAUAAGGUGGAUAGAUGUGUUACGGGUUUGAUUGCUCAACAACAGUGUAUUGGACCACUUCAUACUCCGCUAGCUGAUGUUGCUGUCACAGCAAUUUCUCAUUUUUCAAAUGUUGGAAUAGCAUCGUCAAUUGGUGAACAACCAAUAAAGGGUCUGAUUAAUGUUGCUGCUGGUGCACGAAUGACUGUUGCUGAAGCAAUUACUAACAUUGUUUUUGCCAAAAUUACUGACAUCAGAGAUAUUAAAUGCAGUGGAAAUUGGAUGUGGCCAGCAAAACUACGUGGUGAAGGUGCUGGACUCUAUGAGGCCUGCAAAGCAAUGUGCCAAUUGAUGAAACAAUUGGGCAUUGCCAUUGAUGGGGGAAAAGAUUCAUUGAGUAUGGCAGCUAGAGUUGGCAGUGAAAUUGUUAAAUCACCGGGUACACUUGUCAUAUCUUGCUAUGCACCAUGUCCAGAUAUAGGGGCUGUUAUAACACCUGAUUUGAAAUCUCCAGCCAAGGGUAAAAUUGGCUCUCUUCUAUUUGUUGAUUUAUCUAAAGGCCAUAAUAGAAUUGGUGGUACAUCAUUGGCUCAAGUGUACGGUCAACUUGGUAAUUCAACACCUGAUGUUGAAGAUCCCCAAAGUAUUGUCAAUGCCUUUCAAGCAACACAAGCUUUAAUUGAAAAGGACAAAAUUCUAGCUGGUCAUGAUAUUAGUGAUGGUGGCCUAAUUACCUGCCUACUUGAAAUGUCAUUCGCUGGAAUAUCGGGAAUUAAUGUAAAUAUUUUGCAUAAACAUGAAAAUUAUAAUUCACCCAUCGAAAUACUAUUUGCCGAGGAAGUUGGAUGGAUAUUGGAAGUCGAUGAAAAUGAUGUUGAUGAAGUAAUGAAUACAUUUGAAAAAUUACAUGCACCAAUAUACAAGAUUGGCCAGUCCUCUGGUCUCGGUCUCAAUUCUGAUAUUAUUAUUUCAGUCAAUGACAAAAUACAUGUUAAAUCGACUGUCAUCUCACUGAUGUCAAUCUGGGAAGAAACCAGUUAUCAACUUGAACGUCGUCAAACUAAUAUCAAAUGUGCUGAGGAUGAAUUCAAAUUAUUAAAAAAUCGUAAAACUCCAAUGUACACGCUGACAUUCAAUCCAGACAUUCCCUCAUUACCGAAACUCGAGUCAUUAUUCAUCAGCUCUAAAAUACCUGUCGCUGUUAUUCGCGAAGAAGGAAUAAAUGGCGACAGAGAAAUGAUUGCAUCUCUUAAACAAGUUGGCUUUCAAGUAUGGGAUAUUACAAUGCAGGAUCUACUUGAAAAUAAAAUGACACUCGAUAGAUUUAGAGGUAUUAUAUUUCCGGGUGGAUUCAGCUAUGCCGAUGUUCUUGGUUCAGCCAAGGGUUGGGCAGCUACUCUACUAUUUCAACCUACUCUACGUAAACAGCUUGAUGCAUUUGUUGAUCGAAAUGAUACAUUUAGUUUGGGUGUCUGUAAUGGUUGUCAAUUAAUGAGUCUACUCGGAUGGAUUGGCUGUCUCAAUGACUCUACUCCUAAUCAGCAACCUAACAUUGUACUAGAUCACAAUGACUCUGAACGAUUUGAAUGCCGAUGGGCAUCCGUGAAAAUUGAAAAAUCUCCAGCUAUCAUGUUGAAAGACAUGGAGAAUACUGUUAUGGGUGUUUGGGUGGCACACGGUGAAGGAAGAUUCACAUUCCGCAAUAAUUAUAUUCUCAAUCAACUCAGAGAAAAUCAAUGCUUACCAAUUAAAUAUGUCGAUGAUGAUGGUAAUCCAACUGAAACUUAUCCACUCAAUCCAAAUGGCAGUUUAGAUGGUAUUGCAGCCAUCUGUUCGCCAAAUGGACGACACUUGGCAAUGAUGCCACAUCCAGAGAGAUGUACUCAAAUGUGGCAGUGGCCUUAUGUUCCACCCUCCUGGACUAAUCAAACAUCACCGUGGCUCAAGAUUUUCCACAAUGCUUUUACAUGGUGCUCUGCAAAUUAAUCGCAUGUCCACUUGAUGUAUUUUUCAUCAAUUUUUCAUACAUUUCAAUAAAUCAAGACAAAUGA